AUACGAUGGUGUGCGAUAACUGUCAUUUAUAUUGUAUUUUAUAGACUCGUUUCUAACAAAUUGUGUCGUCCCUAUGUAGGUUUAAAAGUGAUUAGUGGUGUGGUGUGGUGGAUAAAUUCAUUCCUCAUAGGUGAGGUAUUGAAAACUCGUGUACAGUGCCAUGUUCACGGGGACUAUUCGCGUAAAAUUAUGCGAGGCCCAGAGCCUGAGACCGACGGAUUGCUCGAUGCGUUAUACUUUCGGGAAACCUGAUGAACAACUUUUAGAUCCUUAUGUUACGAUUGUUGUGGAUGACAUUCAUGUAGCUCAAUCCACUUCUAAACAAAAAACUUGUGAUCCAGUAUGGAAUGAAUUCUUUGAGCACCAGGUUGAGAACGCUAAGACGCUGACCCUGACGGUGUUCCAUGACGCUGCGAUUCCACCUGACGUCUUCGUUGCGAACGUCUCUAUUCUUUUUGAGGAUUUGCUAAAUAGGGAAAGAGAUGAUUUUUGGGUGGAUCUAGAGCCCAAAGGCCGCUUACAUAUUAAAAUUGACUUAAGGAUAUCAAAAGAUUAUGGAGGAAAACCAAGAGAAUUCAAAGAGCGCCAGGGCUUCAAUAGGAGGCGUGGUGCUAUGCGAAGAAGAGUCCAUCAAGUUAAUGGUCAUAAAUUUAUGGCUACUUUCUUGCGACAACCCACAUUUUGCUCUCAUUGUCGUGAUUUUAUCUGGGGUUUGGGCAAGCAAGGCUAUCAAUGUCAAGUGUGCACAUGCGUUGUUCACAAACGAUGUCAUCAUACCGUAGUUACAAAAUGUCCUGGAAUGCAGGAUGAGUCGAAUCAACAUCAAAGUACUGGCUUCAAUGUUAAUGUACCACAUAGGUUUGUAGUUCACAACUACAAACGUUUUACAUUUUGUGAUCAUUGUGGAUCACUCUUAUAUGGACUAAUAAGACAAGGACUUCAGUGCGAAGCUUGUUCUUUAAAUGUACAUAAACGAUGUCAGAAAAAUGUCGCCAACAAUUGCGGUAUUAAUACAAAACAAAUGGCAGAAAUCCUGACACAAAUUGGUGUAUCACCCGAUAAACAAACUCCAAGAAGAAGUAAAUUGUUAACUGGAUCGGGUGGAAAUGGAGCACAACAAGAAGGUUUCACAGAAAAUUCAACUACAACUAGUGAAACAACAAGUGAAGAAUUGUCAAAAGCAAUGGAAGAAAAGUUAUCAAAUAACGAAGAUGCUUGUGCUGGAAAGAAAACUAUUGGCCUUAAUGAUUUUCACUUUAUAAAGGUUCUUGGUAAAGGCAGUUUUGGUAAAGUCAUGUUGGCCGAAAAGAAAAAUACAGAUGAAGUGUAUGCUGUUAAAGUGUUAAAGAAAGAUGUAAUUAUACAAGAUGAUGAUGUCGAUUGUACGAUGACAGAAAAACGAAUCUUAGCUUUGGCGGCAAAUCACCCAUUCUUAACUGCUCUACAUUCAUGUUUCCAGACGAAAGACAGAUUGUUAUUUAUAAUGGAGUAUGUCAAUGGUGGUGAUUUGAUGUUUCAGAUACAACGUGCUAAAAAAUUCGAUGAGCCACGUGCAAGAUUUUACGCAGCAGAAGUCACAUUGGCAUUACAAUUUUUACACAAGCAUGGAGUUAUAUAUAGGGAUCUCAAAUUGGAUAAUAUUUUAUUGGAUGCUGAAGGACACUGCAAACUUGCUGAUUUUGGUAUGUGCAAAGAAGGUAUUCAGGAUGGUAAAACUACUUCCACUUUCUGUGGUACUCCUGAUUAUAUUGCUCCGGAAAUUCUACAGGAAUUGGAAUAUGGUGCAAGCGUAGAUUGGUGGGCAUUAGGGGUCCUGAUGUAUGAAAUGAUGGCAGGUCAACCCCCGUUUGAAGCAGAUAAUGAGGAUGAUCUUUUUGAGUCCAUUUUACAUGAUGAUGUCUUAUAUCCAGUUUGGUUGAGUAAGGAGGCAGUCAGUAUAUUGAAAGGCUUCAUGACUAAAAAUCCAAGCAGAAGGUUGGGAUGUGUAGUUGCACAUGGAGGCGAGUCUGCUAUUCAGGCACAUCCCUUUUUCAAAGAAAUUGAUUGGACCGCUUUAGAACAACGACGAGUGAAGCCUCCGUUCAGACCAAGAAUAAAAAGCAGAAAGGACGUGACAAAUUUCGAUGCAGAAUUUACAAGGGAAGAACCCAUCUUAACGCCAGUGAGUAAUGAGGUACUUCAAUCUAUAAAUCAAGAAGAAUUCCGUGGAUUUUCCAUGAUUAAUCGAGAUUUUAACCCAGCCAGAUUUCUUGCCGAAUAGGCUUCUUUGUGUACCUAAAGUAAAACCAGGUACCAAAAAUUAAUUUAGUCCUGUAUGUACCUUUUGCAAAAUGUUUAUGUCGGUUUCUAUGUUAUUCGUAUUUCUUAAACUACAAUGUAUUGAUUGGGUAGACUUACUAUUUCACUUGAAUUUUGUAAUUAUACUAAAUUGAAACGGGGGUAAUUUACGUAAUAUAAAAUCAGGAUAAGAAAAAUCGAAUGUAAAUUUAUUAUAUAAAAAUUUAAUUAAGGAAAAAGACUAAACUUUAAAAAAGUAUUCGUGUACAUAAAGUUUCUAAUAACGUUUAUGUUAUAUGAAACCAGUUAUUGUAAUUGUUUUAGCAAAUAAGGAAACAUUUUGUUACUAAACACUUAUAAGUUUAUUAUAUUAAUUUUCUGUCAUCAAUAUGCGUAAAAAGUUGAAAUUAAUUGAUGAUUACUAUUGAUUAAAAUUGGAAGUUGAAUUUAUUGGAAGAAAUUUAUGUGCAUAACGUUAUUUAUUGAUCAUUGUAAGAUGUUUAUAUUAAAUUAAAAUAGAUUAAUUGGAAUGAAGUUCUAAAAUAUGGAUAUUAACCCGUAAAAAAUAUCUAUCCAGGAUGAGGGAUCACAUAGAGUUCUAAAAACAAUUAACAUUGAUAAGUGGUCAAGUUUAUUGCUGAAUAAAAAAUUUUAGAAACAAUUUUAUUGGCACACAGGAACAAAAAUGACGAUAUAUUAGAAAUAAAUAAAAUUUAGUUGAUGUUAUGAUCAUGAGUUGAAAUUUCUAAAACCAUUGGUGUUACUUAUAUUGAACACAAUAUUUACUACUGCUACAAUAUUAUUCACGACUACACUGACAGAAAUGCGUGUUGAUAAUCGAGUAUCUUCUUCAAAGAUCAAAGGUAAACUUAAAACUUAUUUAAUUUGUUCCACAUAUUUACUAAAUAUCUUACAUCAAUGCACUGCGCUGCCACAAAAAUUUACAGUCUGUAAGUUUCACAUAUAAUUCGUAUCGAAUAAAGUGUAGAACGUAAUGAAUAAGUCCUUUUUUUAAUUUUUCAUGCAUAUUUCAAAUGAGCUCCAAGUCUGCCCAACUUAUUUAUCUUUACAAGAAUUACAGCUAUUUUUUGUUAAUACUGCUCUUUUCCAAAUCCAUUAUUUUAUACUCAGGAUUACUUAAAAACUGUGUCAAAGUAUUGUUUAUAAACAGUUGAACAAUAGGUUUCUAGAUGUUGAUAGAGACAAAUUACAUAUUCCUUACAGUCUGCACUUUAUAUUUUAUUAGCUGAAAUUAAAUAUGAAAUUUUACCCCUGAAUGGGAGUUUUUCUUGAGAGAAGGUGCACUGGUGUAGAAAAUUGAAUAUAUAUAAAGGAUCAAUUAAGUUUCAACUUAAUUUUGAUCUCGCAAGAUGAGAACUUGAAUAACUUAGAGUACGCCAGGUAGUGUUAUUUUGAGUGUUACUGUAGUGAUAGUAAAUAGUAAGUUCGCCCAUAUGAACAAGAUAAUUGUACAAGUUGAUAUAAAUGAUAGAACAAUUAUUUUAAAAGGUAUAAUCCAUAGUUAAACAUUCUGAUAGAUGAGUUCGUAUACCUCGGAGCCUCGAUAAACCUAGUAAUGAUGUUAGUAAAGAGACAAAAAGGAGUAUAAUGCUUGCUAAUAGAUGUUAUUUCGGACUGUUAAAAUUCAUAAAACGAUCCUCUCAAGAAGUACCAAGUUAAACAUUUAUAAGACGUUAACUAUACUAGUUUCAAUAUAUGGAUCGGAAACCUCGAUCGGAGAUAAACUGAGGAGACGUUAAUAUUGAUCUUCGAGAUAAAGAUAAUGAGAAACAUUUACGAGGCUCUCCAAAAAAAUAACGUCUGGAGUCGUAGAUAAAACUUUGUCUACAACUUAUACAGAUCAAGAAACAGAGGCAUAAGAAAGACAAUUAAAAUUGGUAGACAACAGUGUGUCCACAAAAAAGAACUUGAGUCCAUACAAACUAACAGUAGAGGUAAAAUGAGACCAAGGCUAAGAUGGAGCAACGAAGUCCCUGAAGAUACUACAAAGAUUGGUGCAUCAAACUGGAUGGUCCUUGCAAGAGAUCGGAAGAAAGUCGAGGUUUCCGUGUAAGGCUGUAACGCUAAUGAAGAUGAUGACAUGUGAAAAAAUGAACAAGAAAUUAAAAAUGUUGCUUUUUAAAAACUUUUUUCACCUGAUGUAAACGUAAGCAAUUUCAGAAUAGUACACAAGGAUAUUAAUAGAACAUUUGAAGGAAAAGGGUGUCAAAUGUCUUUUUUAAUCUCCGCGUUUGUUUUUGGAUAGAGCUUUAUUGCGUCAAUACUAAAAUAUCGUUAGUUUAUCUACACAUUUAAUUCGUGAAUCAUUACUAAUAUUAAUAAGUUAUGCAAAAGAAUUUAAAUUACAUUUUGGCAUACAGAUCACUUGACUACUUGUUUAUUAAUACAAUACUGUCAUAUUUUUCUUUAAUCUAUUUUUGUUAUUCGAAUUGAGUAUUUUCUAGAAUAAGGUUUAUAAAUACGCUAGCUAAGCUAAUUAACUAUUGUAAAUUGUAAAUAAUGCUUCGAUGACGUGUAAAAAGUGAAUGUUUCGGUGCGUAAAAUUAGUAUAUAUUUAUGGUCUAUCCACUUAUUACUUCAGUUUAAGAAUAGCGGAUAAAAUCUAUUAAGUUAUAGAAACCUCUUUCGGUACAUAUAUGUGGCGAUAGAAUUAAUAAUUUAGUCAGAUGAUAUAAUUUUUUGUCGAAAAACUGAUCGAGAAAACUUGAAGCUUUAAUUAACUUAAACAUGUAUGUUGGUAUUUGAAUACAUUAGUUUUCAUCGCCUUACCUCGAAUUAUUUUUAUUGUUAUUAAUUCACGUUCUGGUGAAUUCUUGAAAGUUUCCAAACAUACAUUUUAUUUUUUAUCAACAAUACAAAUACUCUGUAUAUUUUAUGAAAGAAUUUCAUUGCGUCAUUACAACUCAAUGUCCAGCAACUUUUUGUUUCCAUUGGGAUAAUAUAAAUAGAACUAACUUUUCAAUACAAGCGCUUAAAAUUUCAUGUAGUAAAAGAGUUUCUCCAAGGAACAUUUUUAAUAUGUCCAAAUCUUCAUUAAUAUAAGCUUUACCUUCUGUUUUCAACUCAAAUUUUUAAAGACAAGGGUGACAUGAUCAAAUUCAUAACUCUUUUCUGAAAUUUUUUGGUAGAUUUAGAAGGUUACAAGGAAUAUUCGUUAACAAUUAAAGCCAGAAUAUUGUUUACUGAAUCUCUAAAUACGAUUAUUAAAAUUAAUGUGAGGAUUUUCAUAGUAUGGAUAUUUCGUCAUAGGAGUUCAAAAACUUGAUCCUAAAACACAAAGUAGUUGUUAUGUAAGUUAGUUUAACCAAAUGCCUGUAACUACCUGAACAUGAAUAAAUCUUGAAUCUUCUUAAAUAUUGGAGCCGCUUUCUUGAGAAUGUUUCUUGAAUCUGUUAUUUAUCUGCAUUUAAUGCAUAAAACUCAUUUUAUGUUGAUUUGUUUCUUUGGGCAGGUAUAUUAUAAGGGCAUAAACACCACCUAAUCACACACCAUUAAGGAGAGUUGAGCCAACUCAUUGCCCAGUAAAAAAAUCCAGAUGUUUCUAGCAUCCAUGAUAAAAAUUUUUUUUGAAGCAUUAAACCAACUUGUUGUUUACUUACUCCUGUUUGGUUUUACUUUACAAAAUUGUUUAUCUAUCUAUUCUUUCGAAAGUAAUACAAUCAAAUUCAGUCUAUUUUUUAAGUUUGCUUCUUUUUUGUUAUCAUAAUGAAAUCAUAAAAAAAUAAACCAGAAUAACUUGGAAAAAAAUAAAUCGAACAAUUCAUGAUUAAACUAUGAUUUUUCGAAUUUAAUAUUGAAAAAAAGGAAUAUUGAAUAUUUUAAAUCAUUGUUACUUUCGACAGAGUUUCCAACAUCAGUUUAAAUUGAUAAACUGAUAUUUUUGAAACUGUACAAACAAAUUGGUCUAUUUAUUUCUAUUAGCAACAGUGGUAUACUUUAUUAUUUAAUAAAACUGUUAGAUACACUACCAAAAGUUUGCACCAGAUCGAGGAAGCUUUGAAUGGAGGAUGGUCAAAGAUUGGGGAACUAUUGGUUUUCCAAACAAGCGUUGCAAAAAAUACGUAGGUGAUAGGAAGCUUGGUAGUUUUGUAGUAGAUGAAAAUAAGAUAUUGAACUAAAUAUAUAAAGAUUUGCUAUCCAAAAAACUUGGUUAUAUUCAGGUUUGUUCGGAAUUCAACAUAUUCGUGCACGAAAUUGGGCAUGAAAUAAUUCUGUUUACUGUGGUAGUUCUUGGGUAAUAAUGCUAUAAAAAGGGCGUUUCCAAUUUGUUAUCCCAAAUUAUACACUGCUGUCUUCGUAUUUUGCUUGCUAGUGGACCAGUUUCCAAACAUCUGUAAUUAGAGUAAACUCACCAAGGGUUGUAAAUGUUAAGUGUGAGCACCUUGUGAAUGAAGUAGCUGUGAACCCUUUUUCGUGAAUAAAAUACCUAAUCUAAUCGGGGAACUGUUGUAAAAUUUUAGUGAAAACCAACCAUUCUUACGUUCACGCCUGUUCUAGUUUCACACGACUAAUGUGGGGUCGUCAUAAAAUAAAAGAUAGAUCAUAGGUGAAUAAUAGUGAAAACACACUUGACAUAUAAAAAUUAGGAAAAACAUUCCAUGGAUAGUGGCUAAAUUAUGACGUAUAGGGUAAUAUUAAGUUAGAUAGGUUUUAAAAUUGAGAUUAAAAGUUGAUUAAAAAGGCUUAAUCAAUACACUUCAAAUAUUUAAUAUAAAAAUAAUAAUAAUAAUAAGAAAUGCUGAAAAUAAUUUUUAGUUCGUUUAAAUCACCGAGAUGUACAGUUUUAAUGAUUUUGCACUCUGCUUAUUACUUUAAAUAUUUUUGCACAAAUGUUCAUAUAUUAUUACUAUUAGUACUCUAAAUGUAAUGUAUUAAAUUUGUGAACACAUAAUUGUUGAUAAUUGAUAAAUGAUAAUGGAAAAUUCAAGAUUUCAUCUUUUUGGGCCGAUAACUAAGUGUUUUAUUUUUGCUUAGAAUUCUGAUUCUCACACAAAAUUGAAAUGAAACAUACAUAUAAGUAGAUUGGAUAAAUCCUACUUGAAUGCUCACGUGUGUAUUAUUUAUUUUUACCUUAAAACGGCAGUAUUGUUUACAUAACGCUGGUGAAUACAAGAGUGAAGUUUUUAGAUUUGAAAUUUAAGAUGCAUGUAUACUUAAACAUGUCAAUAUAUAAAAUUAAAAAAUUUUGCUUUAAAACAUCUUGAGUAAUAUAAGUAUCACAUUCGAAUUUCUACUCUCGUCCCUUUAUCAUACACUCCAGAGUUCUAAUAAACACUUGAAUCUGUUCAAAGGAUUUUCUACAUUGUUUGUAAAGAAACUUGAUAAUUCAGUGUUUUUCCCCUUUUUUUAAAUCGUCUAUAGUAAUUUCUUUUGCAUUCUUCCUUCCUCUGAAAGCCUCUCUUUUAGGUAGAUGCACUUUUCUAUACCACAGAAUUAUUUCAUGCUAAUAAAAGGCUUUUGCUUCUUAUCUGACCCCGUUUCCUGUGAUAUUAAAUAUACUCAUGUCACGAUCAGUGCGCCUCUUAAAUUAAAGCUAGAAGGAAAUGUCUUUGUCACAGUGUCAACUCAGUCGCUCUAGUAGUUAUCAUAAUUUCACUGCACUGCUAUAUUUGACCAAAAAAUGUGCAAAAACGGACUUUAUAUUGGAUUUGGUAAUUAUAUGGUUUCGAUUAGUGUACUCACAAUUUAAUAUAGGAUUUCCAGCGUAUCAAUUCAGACGUUAAAGUUGAAGCAAAUGACUCCAAAUAAAUCAUUGGUAACCCAAAAAAUAGUUAAUGAUCACCAAAGUAUUAACCACAUUUUAAUUUAAAAUGACAUGCAAAUAUUUAAUAUGUCGUUGUCCUAUUAAAGUAAAUUAAUUUAGGGUAAUAAUUAGUUACCUGCACAUAGUAAAUAAACUCCUUGUUUGAUCCUUUAUUAUUAUAAGAUACAAAUGAUUUUUUUGAGCGUUUAUUCAACCAAAGGUUAAAAAAAUAAAACUCCUACAAUUUCAAUAAUCCUUUAUAACAAUAAUAAACGUAAAAGUCAGUCCUUUUAAAACUAAUAAUAAAUUUUAAAAAUCUUAAGAAGAAUCUGUCUAAUAAUUUACUGCACAAUUAAUGCUUUCUUAGCUUUGGCUGGUUGUCCUCUUUUGCGUUUCAUGCCAAUUGGAAUAGCUCUUGCCUCUGACAUGCUUAAGCUGAAUUGCCAAUUCAACGAGAAGCUUGCAAAUAUAAACUUUGAGAAACUUUAUGCAAAUGCAUGAUCCGUGUAAGCAAUUUGCUUUUCUCGGGGCAUCGUUACAACGCUAGUAACGUUUUACUCCUUCAGUCAUAUGAACUUUUUCUAUUGACCAGGUCAUCUCAUUUUUGAUCAAUUCCUCUGCGUUUCGCACAGUCGUCAAUUUUCUUUUGAAAACCCAAGCUUUGCCUUGCCUUCGACGUUUUUUCUCCGCUCCGUGAUUUUAUUACCGUCUUCAUCUGAUUUUGUUGAAGAACUCAACAGCGGAACACAAGUAAAUUGUUUGUAUUCUACUAUUCCAACAACAUCUGAAUUGUGGGUAUCUUAUUUGUGUUUUCAAUGUCAUGAUUAUCAGUAAGAGAAUUUUGUAUUAAACGUAAUUCACAUACUACUUACGAUUUGUUUUUAAAAUAUAUAUGAAUCAUGGUAUUCACGUUUACUUGGUACUUUUUGUUAAAGGUAAUCCAUUAUUGUGAAUUACCCGAAAAAAAUCGUGUUGUUGGAAACAAAGAAUAGAGAGGAGUGACAUUGAAAUUAAACUGAAAAUACUUAUUUCAUUAUAGAAAGAAAAUUGAAACAAAGUUCAUGAGCAAAUAAUAUUAGAAAAAAAUAAAAGAGGUAGAAAAAGCAGUUGUUAUAAUAAUGAACAUAAUAAUAUUGAAUUUGCAAUUUAUAUUGAGUGGCAAUUAUUUAGAAUGAAAAAAUAAAGUACGAGUAGUGCAUAGAGCAGGCUCAGAAAAAAAAGGAUUCGUAAAUAUACGGAUAAAAGAAAAAUAAUAAGAAAAUAAGUAGAACAUGUGAAACCAUAUUAGUAGUAAGGUUAUUAUUACUUAAUCAGUUCGAAAAAAAAUAUGAUUAAGUAAUGACUAAGAAAAUUCAUAUAAAACAAGAAUUAGAUAAAAGUGAAGGCACAGAUCUAUGAUAGAGUACCAAAAGUAUAAACUCGAGAUAAAUAAUAGUCAUUAAAAAAUAACUCCAGCUUUGAAUGAUAAUAUUAGAACGUUAAAUUACUCAAUUUAAAGAUGUGAAUUUAUUAAAACCAAUUUGGUGUAAAUGUACGAAUAUACAUAAAACUUCAUAUUGUAUUCACUAGAUGCAUGUUAUUCUAUCCCAGCAGUGUUCUAUUUAUUUUUGUCUAGUGACAUAUUUAACAGAUUUCUUCUUUUUUAACGAUAAGUUGGAACCAUCAUGUUUUUUAUGUUCCCAUCAUAUUUUGUUGGAAUAAUACAUUUUACACCAUUUCAAUUUAUAUAUAAAUAUAUUGUUAUGUUUUAAAUUAAUCAAGAUCCUCUAAUUGUUUUAUAUAUCUGUGUAAAUACCGCGCGUAAAACCUUAUCUAUAAUUAACAGCUUAUUUACGCUAAUCUUGCAUUCUAGUUCUUUCCGUCACACUCUAAAACAACAUUUGGUGCCUUGAAAUAAACUCGUCGUAUUGAUAAAACUUUAUGCUCUGGAAAUUUUCCUCUGCAUAUAUAUACUUCUAUAUCCAUUCCACUUUCAACCUGAUUACUCUUCAAUCAACAACAAUUCUUAUCAAAUUUCAAAUUUUCAUCUUCUUAUCAUACUCCUCUAUUUUCUUUCUAUUUGGAUAUUCUGAAAAGCUAUAUGUCCUCUGACCAUAGAAAUAUGUCGAAGUGAAAGUCAAUACAUUUCCGAUAUUAUAAAUAUGAAGUUUCAAGUAAAUCUAAUUAUGUUCAGUUCAUUCAUGAGCUUUUGCACUGUUUUCAGUAAGUUUUUUUUAUAUUUAUUUAUCAUUCGACUCUUAGUUCGUUGCUUUUCAGUUUUCAAUGAUCCCUUGGUUCCUUUAAUUUUUAUUUACUUCAUGCAAUUUCAUUGAAUCUAGAUGGUCUUCUGUAAUUCUUGACCAGAGAAUAAAAUAAUGAUCUACUGUUUCCAUUUUUUUCUAAAGUUUAUUUGGAUGAGGUCAAGUCGUAAAAAAGCCAAGAUUUCAAAAUUGCGUAGCUUUAAUGUGCUACAAAUAAUGCUAAUUAUUUCAACAUUAUCAAAAAUAUAAAUGAUUUUUUCUAAUAUUUCAUCUUUAAUUAAACUCAUCUACCCUUGGAAAAACUGCUUUUUUGUUAAUAACUGUCAGAUUUCUGACCAGUGUCACUGUUAAUCCUUACCUUGAACAUCUCGCAUUUAUAUUAAGAAAAUCCUUAUUACUACAAAUAAAUAUCUUGAUAAAAUAAUUAUGGGGAUAUCAAUAUUAUAUUACUUUUAAAAAACAUAACACUAUACUAUAUAUAAUGUCUCAAUGCAUAUAUUUAGAUUUUAUUUUUUUGCUGUGAUUUCGUAAUAUCAAACAGAUGCAAAAAUGAAAUUGAAAUCACGUGUUAAUCUAGUCAUUGAAGGCCUAUCUAUUCAUAAUAAAGUUUAUAAGGUGAUCUAAGAGGAUGGCAAUGUUCCAUAUUUCCUUGUUCUUAUUUGAUAUAAAAAUGUUUACAUAAUUUUAAAUUAGCGGAUACUAAAUAUCUUCUCUAAAUGUAAAAAAUUAAUUAUAGAAAAAAAUUGUUAUGGUUUUUUAGAAGGGAAAACUUAUAAAAUGCCAUAUAUCAUGUAUAUAGUAUAUUUUUCAUUAGAGGGGGAAAGUAUGUUUUUUUUAUGAAAGGUUGAAAUUUUUGCCGAUUCUGUAUAUGUACAUUGUAAAAUAAAAAUUUGUUUAGUUAGUUAAAAAUCUGUUAUACAGGAAUGCAUACCCUCCUUCUCUAUUUAUCGUUUAUUUUUAACAUAUUUCCUUGCUUUUAAAGCUUUUUCACAUCGGAACAUUCGAUCUCAUCGAGAAAUGUUAGAUCACCUUGUAUAGUAGUUAAUGCAGUCUUAUAAUUUAAGAAUUUACGGAAUCCUAAAAGCAAGUCGAAUUUUCUGAAUCUCGCCAAUAUAUUAGGAAACGUGAAUGUUUCUUUUAUAUACGGAAUAAUUAUACUUCUAGGAUUCCUGUUCUGAGCCUUAAAGAACACUGUUUCUAGACUGCAGCAAAAUAGUAUAACAAAUAAGAAAGCCAUUCAACUAACAGAAUUGUCGAGUUUAGUACAAUUUGUAACAAAUUAGUGUUUCAAUACUAAAAAUUGCAAGAUUGUUGAAAUCCUUUUAGAAAAGAAUUCAUUAGUAUUCCUUUUAGAUCUUGAAAAACUUUGUUUUGUUUUUUAUACUGUAUCAUUAUUUAAUGUAUGGGUACAGUAUUGAAGUUGUAUUGCGCAUUUUAAAUAAAAAAUCGAAUACAUUUUUUGAAGAAAAAUUAUAUGUGAAUAUUGUGUCUUCAUAGCUCGUGGAAUGGGUUUUCUAAAAUAUAUAAUUUGGAAUUCUUUUUAUAUUUGUAACACAUGCAUCAUUUAUUGUAUACUUAAGUUUCAAUCUUACUUAAAUCAAAUACUUAACUGUAUCACUUAAGUUAAAAAAUUGAAUCCUUUUUUCAAUGUUAGAAAUCUAAUUAGGGAUAAUUAAAAUUUUCUCCCCGAUUCUGACCAGUGACAGAAUAGCUUACAGUCAUAUUUAAAAAAAAAACUUUCACAAUCAAUGUCUUGCUCCUGGUAAAAAAUAACAUAAAUUUUCACAAAAUAAAGAUGCCAACAUUUAUAUACUCUGCUAUUAUUUAGUGGUCUUCUAUCUCAUGUAUUACUGAAAACUAUGUAAAUUAAAAUCAAUAUUGACCAAAAAAUGAAAAAAGAUUAGAAAAAAAAUAGGUAAUUUUUAGUAUUGAUUAUAAUGUGUUAUUGGUGCAAUCUAGUCGAUCUGUUCUGUUGGUUUGAUGAAACUAAUUGCCCCUAUUUCUUAGAUAUAUAACACUAAAUAAUUGUUUUCUAGUUAUGUUGUGAUAAUGUGUAAAAUUGAAUUUAUGUGAAAUAAUAUGAAUCUCAUUCAUAUUCACGUAAAGACUUAGGAAUUGCAUAUAAAAAAUGCUUAAAGUUGUUAAAAAAACUACCAAAGAUUUUAUUUAUUUUGUAAAUGUAUCUAUUCGAAUUACUAAAGGAAUAUUCAUUCUCAUAUGUAUUUACGUGUACUGUUGUUUGUAGUAUCUACAUUUUAGCGAAUAAAAGCAUUUAAUGACCUUAGUUAUAAAAUAAUUGAAAGGGGCUAUAAUUUGGAUAUAUUUAUUGAUAUAUUAUGAAUAAGAUGUUAAUCUUUUUACAAUAAUACAUUCGUUUGAUGUAAAUAUAAUUAGUAUUAAAUUUGAAUUCGAAGACAUAAAAAAUUCAAAGAAAGGUUAAUAGUGAAAUUACAAAUCAAAAAAUAGAUUGAUAACAAAAUGGAUAUUAUUGCUAUUCUCAAAAAAUAUUUAUAUUUUUAAGUUUAAUCAUGUGAAUGUUGGGCAGAAUGCUAUCUGCUAACCAAGACGAUCGGGUUCAAUCGUGGGUCCAGACUCUCUACUACAGAAAUGUAUUAUUAUGAUUAAGGUCUUUUUGUAAAGUAAAGAAGAAUUUAGAAACAUUAUACAUAAUAAUAACUCAGUAAAGAAAGGUGAUGUAAAUAGGUUGAAACAUAUAUAAUCAUCUUAACGAGAAGGAUGAACGUGGUGUGCUGCUACUAAUUCUUAAUACUAAUAAUUACUUCACAGAAACCACGUGCCACUGAAUAUCUUCUUCUUCCUCUUUCAAUAGGACCAGGUCAUGUUCAAUCCUCCUACAUUUGGCCCUCUUCCUAGAUCUUCCUGAGAAGCUAAACUCCAGUUCUCGUACCACCUCAUUGGUGGUCUGCCUACAGGUCUGCGUGUGUUCGGUCUCUGAGUUUUAGCCUACUUUGCCCAUCUGGCAUCCUUUCUAUGUGAUCCGUCCAGAAUCUUUUUCGUGUCCUGACCCAUCUCACCACAUCCUGUACGCCCAAUUCUUCUCUUAUGUCGUUAUUGCUUAUUCCGUCCCUGAGGGUGACUCCCUUGAUGGUUCGCAGUAUUUUCAUCUGUGGGGUUCUCAUUAUUUUUUUUGUUGUUGAUGUCUCAGCUCUGGUUUCUGAGGCAUAUGUGUGAAUAGGUCUCACACACGUUUUAUAGAUUCUGGUCUUGCUCUGUGAGCUCAUCACUUUGUUUCUCCACACUAUAUCUCUCAGACAGCUGCUGACUUUUGAUGCUUUCAUCAUCUGUGCUCGUGCCUCCUCUGACAGGUUUCUUUCACUAGAUAUAUUCAUUCCCAGGUAAUUGAAUCUUGAUACCUGCUGUAUCAUUCCCCUAUCGACUGCCAAUUUGCAUCUGAUAGGAUUUUUUGAUAUUACCAUUGAUUGUGUCUUGUUGACUGAGAUGCUCAAAUUUUUUCGGCAGAAAUUUUCAUCUUAUAUAGUAGACGUUGUAAGUAGUCUUCAUUUUCUCAAGUUCAUUGUUUAUAUUAUCAGUGCCAGGCGUCUUCCGGUUCUUCAGUUUUUUUUGUUGUUUAUUGAACUUCCUCCACCGUUAUUUCGGGUUCAUUGUUGUCGUCAUUUGGCGUGAUUUCAAUAGUCGAUGCAUUAUCAUUGGGCGCACCAUACAUGUUUUCGAAAUAUCUAAUCCAUGUCUCCUGUGUUAUCUCAUUCACCUGUACAUCCUCCGUCAUCUGUUUCCUUCUGUUUCGUAGCAUAUUCCAUAUCUUCCUCUGGCCACUAUAUAGAUCUCCCUCCAUUUCGACCGAGAAUUUUUCCCAGUACUCCUUUUUUAGUUGUUUUAUCCUGUUAUUUAAUUGGUUUCUAACGAUUUUAUAGUUCUGGUAUUUGGCUGGGCUUCUGUUGUUGACAUAUUUGAUGUAUACUUUUUUCUUUUCUUUUGCAAGUUCCUUAACUUCGCUGGUGAACCAAGGUUUCGUUUUGCCUUUAGCAUUGGUAUUUACAUUUCUUAUUCCUAUGGCUUACUUUGCACUAUAUUAUCCUUAAUUUUUUCCCAGGCUAAUCCUUAUAUAUGGUCUUCUCUAAUUUUUUCAUUAAUUCUCUGUUCGUAUAAUCCUCUUGUGCUGUAAUCUUUAGCAAUUCUAUGUUGAACUUAGUGAUGAAGAUGGGUUCUUUCAUUUUUUCUGUAUGCUUGCGGUUCGGUACUUGCACAAGAUAAGAUUAUGUUGUGUUCCUAUGUUUAGGAUGCUAGUACUCUGACAUCAAGGAUAUGUUGCGGUUCUACUUUUCUGUUCGUGAUCACUUAACCAAUAACCGAUUUAUCUCCUCUAGUAUUAUUAAAUGUAUAUUUUUGUUGAUCUUUAUGAAAAAAUGUAUUAUUGAUUCUCAGCUCAUUAUAUGUACAUAACUCCAGAAGCAUCUUACCAUUCUCAUUUCUUGUUUCCUCGUUAAAACAUUACAUGGUACCUGGAACUGCAUCAUACGUGAGUUGAGGUCUCCCAUUAUGAAUACCUUGUCGUUCAUUGAUAGUCUAUCCAAGGUGUUUUGUAGAUCAUCGAAAAACUGUUCUCUUUCCUCUCUUGGUUUCUUUAUAUCUGGUGCGUACAAGCUUAUCAGAUGGGUUCUAUUGGUAUAUUAGUAUAUUUUGGUGUAUGUACUGUACGUUUUCAAUGAGAUGUUCCAGUUUCUCGUGUACUACUAUACCCACACAUACCCUGUAUGUGCGCUGUGCACUCCUGCAAAUAUCGAUGUUAUUGAUAGCGAUUUCUAGUAGUACUUCCUGAUCUUUGUUGUUCCAUGAUGUGAUAUUUUAGCAGGCCAAUCUGAGUUUGUUCCGUUUCCAUUCUCGUUUUUUUCUUUUUCUCGCCGUGUCUUUGACCAAAAUCAUCCGUCCUGUUUCGGAGGCCAAAGUAUCAGUUAUUUGAGCAGUUUUGGAUUUUGUAAAAGGCAGGUUGCUAACCUCACCUUUAAACCCUCCUUUAUCUGGGCUUGGGACCGGCAACAGAGCCUUCGGACUACUCGAUCCAUCCAACUACUCUGUAGGCGGAGUUGCCACUGAAUAUGUUUCAGGAAAUGCAAUGAGGUACUAUAACCCAUAUCUUAGGAUUUCCUUUUACAACCAGAAUCAUUGUUAGCCACAAUUGAAUUUAAAUUGCUUGUAAUUCUUUUUGUAGCUGUUGAAAUUCUUCUAUAAUUCCACUUGAAAAGGGUUACAAAAUCCAAUCAGGUGUGUUCAUUUUGAAAAUAUUAUAUUGUUGAUUUAAAUCACAAUUAGAAAGUAUAUCUUCAACUUUUUUUCCAUCUCUUAUCAUUUUAGGUUCUUUUUGAAUACCUCUCGCUGUAGUGCGAACCACUUUGGAAUUCACUAAAAUAGACAUUCCAAUCCAUAGUUUAACUGUCUGUAGAGAACCGGAACACAGGUAGAAAUGUCCAUACUGGAAUAAAUUACUAAGAGAGGUAUAAAGUUCUAUUAGUAUGUUUUUCUGCAGAUACUGCAGUAUGAAUCUCAAUCCUGAUAAAUGUCUUAUAUUCUAAAUGAAUGUUAUAUCCACUGUGAAAUAUUAAUCUCAAUUAGUGAAACUAAUAAAUGAGUAUAUGUUUAGCGAACAAAAGUACAAAUUAACAUUGUUGUAAUAAUAAUUAUAAAUAUUAUCACUGUUGUCUUCUUUCAGAAAAAUCUUAUAUGAGACCUUGGUCUUUCUGGAGUGUCCGUAUUACUAUCCUCUGUCGCAUCCUCUAUUACAACUGCUUACACAUUAUUUCAGUAGGACUGAAUAUGCCUGGUUGUUAACUACUCCCUGCUUAUAUCUCUACCGUCUUGCCUUUGUUUUCUAUAAUGUGCUUUAUGAUUAUGUAUGCACUUCUCCAUCGUUCCUACCCUGAGAUCAGGGAUGUUCAUACAUCCAUGUCGAUUUCAUAUGUUUCUUUCACGUAUACGCAAACAUCCUGAACUUUAUAACAGGAGUAGAAUUUAUAGAUCAGCUGUAAACAUUAAACCCAGUACUGUAGAAUGAAAAGGGGUUACAAUAGACCCUUUGGGUCGUAGUGUAUAUGACACCCUGUAUUACACAUACAUACAUAUCUCUAUGAAGAAUAGUUUUUCAAGCAUUAAUCACAAGUAAACGGAUAUGUAUUUAUCAAACACAUGGACAUAUAAACAUUGUUGUUAAUAUUAUAAUUGAUCGAUGUUGGUUAAUGUUGGGAUUAAUUAAUCUGCCAUGAUUGACUCCUUGUUAUGUUCAGAUGAAUCAAUAUGAAAGUUCGCAGAAAUAAUGGCGGUUGUUAAGCAGAACUGAUUACCAUAGUAAAAGUUGAUAACCACCUUUUUCUUCCUAGCAAUUAAUGCAGAAAUGUAAAUAUAAUAUGGGGAACUUAAAAAGGCAUGUCAUUGACAGUUUAAACGGAGGAGCUGAUAACGGUCCUUGGUAAUUUAAAUUGUUUUUCAUUUUCACAAAUAUUUUCUAUUUUAAGAUUUUAUCAAAAUCUUUUAAUGAAUAAUGCUAUGAUUUUCUUUUCACUCAACGUCCUAAGAUUUGGUUUAAUUAAAAAUUGAUUAGUAGAUUGAGUAUUUCAUCAGAUAUUUAACGUUUUUUUCUUGCUUUUUAUGUAAAACAUUACCGAUAAUCAUUUUAUUUGAAGGAAUCUAUUUUAUUCCAUUGAUUUAAAGGAUAUAUCUAGUUUGGUCCAAUAAUAUAUAAUAAAUAUAUACUGCUACUCAAAAAUUAUAGAAAAUUAUAAAUUAUAGAAAAUUAUACCUGCAAAUACCGAAAUAAUACAUUUAAGAAACAUUCAAGGAGGCAUUACACUCCCUGCAUUAUUUUAUAAUUGGAAAGGGUCACCAGCCAAUAAAGCGCACAUAAAAUAUAUUUUGUUAUGUACAUAAACAUUUUCAAAAUAUUCCGUUAGUAACUCGUUUACUUUUAUGUACCAUAAUUUAUGUAUGUUUAGGUGUUUUUUGUAUAAAAUAUUCAGAAAUGUAACACGUCGUGACCUACCAAAGGAUCGCUAAAUAUUUUUACUAGUCAUUAAAUAUUUUGAAAAAGUUUAAGUGAAAAUAAUUGGGAAUCCUUUCAAAGUGUAUUGGUGCUAAACAGAAUCAAGUAUAGAAACUAAAGUUUUACUCAUACUACUUAUCCAAAAUUCAAUUUAAACGUUUAUUUUGAAAUCCCCAAAUGAGGAACACUUUUUUUGGCUUUGCAUACGUCUGUCAUCCAAUAUUGGAACUCAUUCAAACCGAUAAAGAAUUUGUAGCCAUUCCAUCUACAUUACAGCAGUGAUAAUGUUCCUCUCCAGAAUUUAUUGGAUGAUGAUUGACAAUUAAUUUUUCUUAACUACUUUCUCUAUAUUUUGUUUACGUAAUACUGUUAUAUCCUUACCCUUACUCAAAUAAUGGUUUUUAACUCAUUUUGAAUAUAUAUAUAUAUAUAUAUAUAUAUAUAUAUAUAUAUAUAUAUAUAUAUAUAUAUAUAUAUGUAUACAUAUGUUCAGUAUUUUAGUAGUUGUGUUUCUGAAUCCAUUAUACAAACAGAAUGAAUGUGGUGUGGUGUUAUUUAAUGUUUUUUUAUUUAUUAAAUAUAUAAAUAUGUUAAUUUUAUUUAUUUUGUACUCUUAAAAUCUGCCAGAUUGUGUAAAAUUGACAUUCAAAUACAUUUCAAGGAAAUGUAUAUAUUGUUAAAAAUAUGUAAUGUUUUAGAUAUUUAUUAAUGUGAACUUAGAAUAGUAAACAGAUAAAGAAGAUUAUCUAUAUUUUUGCCUACUAGAACAAUUAAUAUCAAUAAUAUAACGAGUUUUUUUUUCAAUCAUAAAUUUUAUAUAUUUUAGGUUCAUUCCAUUUAAUAAUGGAUUUCUUAAUAGAUAAUAUUUUUCACGUUAGGACAUAAUUAUAGUCUUUAACAAGAAUAUUCGAUAAAAAAUCCAUUAUCAAUUAGAAGAGAAUCGUUUUAAUUUUAGGUUUCCUCUGAUUUGAAAUUAGUUUGUUUUAUAUUUUUGAAGACAGGUAAAAAUUUUUAUGUUUUUCAAAAAUUAAAAAAAAACUUUUUUUUAUAACAGAAGAGACCUAAAAUCAAGACGAUUUAUAAACAUAAUCAUAUAUAAAAAGUCUAAGCAAUUAAAGAAAUACAUAUGCAGGAUUUCUCAAAUUAUAUCACCUUUCUUCUUGGCAUCAAAUUUAACAAUGAUUCCCUUUGCUAUAAAUAUGUUAUCAUUAGUUAUUUAUGCAAGUAUAUAUUUUAUAUAACAACUAGACCUUUAUUGUACCCCAGAUCAAGUUCUUUUUUUGUCGAUGUUUCAUAUAGUUGAAGAAUACUUGCGACUAAAUCAGAAGCUUUUAGGUAUGGACCUAUCACAUUGUUCCAAUUUUUUGAGAUCUGUUUUGUCGAAGUGGAUGGAAUGUGAGUAUUUUGCGAAUUUUUCAUGAUAAUUUGUGACAAUUGAUCCCGAUUAUAUUUUAUUUUUGUGACUAAUUUCGGAUAUUUUCUCUAUAAUUAUAUUAUUCCAUUUUCUUUUGAAUUUUUCUUUUAUUGCAUGACUCAUAAAACCCUAAUAGAUGGUAUUUCAGAAAUGGCUUGUCUAACUAGGAUCUUUUAUGAUUAUGAAAUGUAAUUAUUGAUCGUUGACCUCAGUUUUAGUUAAGGAGUAUUAAUAAAAGAGCUGUUAAUAUUAAUUGGAGAUGAAUGUAUGAAAUAUGAAUUAACACGUAGUUUAAACUACUUUUUGAUAUUUAAUCCUUAUUGUCUAUUGAAUGUUUGAGUAUCUUUUUAACGGAAUAGAAUUAGACAAUGGUGCCCUACAAGUACCAAUCUAUUUUUUCUUAUGAUUGACAGCUUUUAGUUACUAUUACGCUGUUAAAAAGCAAUUUUAUAUACGGAUAUAUACUACAAAAUAUUUUGAAUUCUAGAAAGAAAUGAGAAUACAUUUUUCAUAUCUUAUAACGGCACAUACAGGAAAUAAUUACCUUAACAAUGCUAUAAAAAUUAUCAUCGGUGAAGUUCAUAAAUGAAUUCACAUCAAAAAUAUUUUUUUAAUUUUUUUUCAUCUUUUGAAGGCAUUCUUAAAGUAUAAAACGUUAUUCAAAGGAUCUCUGUCGAUGUUGAAUUUGUCUGACAUACAUGCGUGUGAUAAAAAAAUGUUAUGAACAAUGGUGAAUAUAUAAUUAAAAAUUAAAUUGAAGUGCAUGUAUCUCAUGACAGAAAUGUAAAAUUGAAUAAUUCAGAAGAAAUAUCGUAGUUCUUUUCUGUUUAGGGUUUUUUUAUUCUUUUAAAUUAGCUUAUUUAUAUGCCAUAAUUUUCUUAGGAGCCUAAUAAAAAUAUAUCAUAUAUCAUAUCAUAGACAUAUAUCAAUCCAACAAAAAAUUUUCUUAGUUAAUAAAUAAUAAAUUUUUAUUAUUUUCUCUUCCGCUCUUGUCAUUUGCUUGACUUGCCACCUUUUAAAUCUGGUCAUAUUCAUAGGUAAAAUAUUACUUUUUUAUAUAAAAUACACUUUUCAAGCUAAAACAUUGCAAUAAAAAAUUCACAUAUAUAAAAAUAAAUGGAAAGCUUACUUAUAUAGAAAUACAAAUGAUGCAGCAUAAAAAUUAGUAGUAGUAAGCAAAAGUUAUAGUGUCGAUACACUGAAAAUGGGCAAAAAUAUAGUUAACCACCCUAUAUAAGAAAAGAAAAAUUAAUCUACUAUUAUUAGUUAAUGUUUAGAUCCAUGUAUCACAGGUCUAUGUUAGCACUAGACUUAAAAAUCCAAACAGAUCAGAGAUCAAUUUUAUCCAAAGAUUGAGCUUUUUGAUUUCUUUCAUUUUUGAAUAUUUUCUGGAAAAUGAAAGAAACAACAGUUUCACCAUUACUACAAAAAUUAGAUCUCGUUUGCUGCUUUGCUUUUAUGUAUUAAAAGUUAUAAUAUAUUACAGGGUUAGAUGUUCUAGCAUCUGUAGGGUAUUUAAUAACUCUGAUUCAUUAAUUGAACUGAAAACUAACAGUUAUUAGAUUACAUCUAUAUUCCUAUUUAUGACAAUGGCGUAUUAAUCUAGACCAUUAAUUUUUUUUAAAUUUUCCCUCUAUUACAUUUUACCAAUUUUGUGGUUUUGUUAAUUAUUUUGAUGAUAGAAUAAUGUAAAAUAUUUAUUUCAUAUUAAUAGUCAAAGUUGUUGAAUUAACCCGAUAAUUGUAACAUUAAGCAAUGCCCCCCCCCCGUAUAUGAAAAUUAUUUUCAAAAUUAGUUAAGGCUUAUUAUUUUCUACUGUUAUAGGUAUCUUAGUAAUAGGAUAAUUAUUCAGAAGUUGACUAUCUCGAGUGAAAUAAAACCAGACAGUACAAACUUAAGAAGGAAUACAAUUUCUUAUACACUAUUGAAUAGUUCAUGGAACAUAUAAAUGUAAAAUCACUAUCUAUUAAAUUCCAAUCUGACGGUGUAAGUUUCAAUAGAAUGUCGCUAUAAAUUAUUAUAACCUCUAACUAUUCUACUGGAUUAACAUUUUAGAAAAUCUGUAUUAUACAGAGAUAGUAUUUUAUGUCUCCGCUGCUAUAAUUCUAUCAGUUCGUUUUUUCCUUAAAUUGUUAGAAUUUGUAGCUGUUUGAUUGCAUCGCAUGAAGCAAUAAUUCUCUAUCUGUUUGGACGUUAAAACAAUGUCUUUAUUAUUAAUUGAACAAUUAAUCAGCAAACGCAUGUCUCACUCACGCAUUCCCACUAAAGUGAUAAAGGGAAAUAGUAAUCUAGUGGAACAGUUGAGACCAUUAUAAUUUAUCGUGAUGUCUUAUUGAAGCUUACUCUAGUAGAUUGUAAUUAAGCUAGUUAGUAAUUACAUCCAUAUUCGUUUCAUGAAAAUUUUUCCAAUACUAUAUAUAUUGAAAUACCAAAUGGGUGUUAUUUUGACUUAUUUUUGAGUACGAUUCGAAUUUAUUAGUUAUUUGAAUACAAUUUCAUGAAAUAAAAAAUAUAUUUGCAGUGGAAACCCCAUUUUUAUAAUGUUUCAUUGUGUCCUUAGUGUUCCUGUUACAUUUGAUAUUAGACUGUUCAGCUUUUGAAAUAUCCUAUUAAUGUUGAAGUAGAUUUGUUUUAGAUAACCUGUUUCAAAGUGGUGAUUGAUAGAUUGAACAAGUUGUGUUCGGCUUACAGUAUUGUGCCAAACCAUAUUCCAUUUCAGCUGGCUGUUUGCACAAAAAUUCACUUGACCAUUGUAUUGUUUAAAGAAAUCAUAUUGUAGUAUCAAUGUGUUGUACUCUGAUGUACCUAUUUCUCUGAUUGUGUACUAAAAUAUAAAUAAACUAUUUAAUG